AUGGACAGCGGGGAGGCAACGGUGCGGGUUGCCGCGCGAAUUCGGCCGGUCGAGCAGCCUUCUUACCAAGCGACAGCAAUCAGCUUCGUAGAUAGUACUGUUGCUGUGGCUUCAGAUGCUGGCACGGAGAAAACGGAUGUGGAAUGUAUUUUGGUGGAAACUUCUGACGCAAAAAGCGCGGAGGCUUCUCAAGAGCAGGUCUUUCAGUCUCUAGGCCAGCCAAUUAUCCAGGGAGCAAUCGCUGAGGGCAUCAGCCAGGGCCUGCUCGUUUAUGGUGCCUCGGGUUCUGGAAAGACCUUCACCGUGAUUGGGACUAAAGAAGCACCUGGCUUGUUUCCGCGACUGCUACGAUCUCUCCUCCAACCAGAUGGAGUGGUUGACAAGGAGGUUGGUGAGACACGGAUCUGGUUCAGCUCCCUCGAGGUUCUGAACGAUCAGGUCCAGGAUCUGCUGGCAUCGCAACCUUUGUCAGAGCGCAGAGUUGCACCUGCCUUCAUUCACCACCCCAUCCUUGGGGUGCAGGCGGUUGGUGCCACAGAGGUGCCAGUGGAAGCCUGUGAUGUUCAGGAGCUAAUUGACUUCACGUUGAAGCGUCGGGCGCUGGGUCGCACAUGCCUGCAUGCAUCCUCAAGCAGGUCCAGCCAAAUCUACCGUCUCAGGGUCGAAGUGCGGGGUACGUCAGGCCGCAAAACUGCCGCGACAAUUUGCCUCUUCGACUUGGCUGCCCCAACGUCUGCGUGUUCACGUGGAGAUUGUCUUUCUUUAGCUGCAUUGCAGACCACAGUCAAGGAACUGGGCAAAGGUCACGGCCGAGGCACCCAAUACAGGGAUGCCCUCUUCAGCUCCUCGCCACUCACGCUUGCUAUGCGGGAUACGUUGGAAGGAACGUGGCGCACCACCCUGGUGGCUACGCUCCUAGCAGGAAGUCAGCAUGCUCAGGAGUCCGCAGCCACCUUGCGAUUCGCCCGAGACUUGCAGCUACUGCGGACUCGGCCUGUGGCCGCAAGAAUGAGGUCUAACCAGCUACAACUGCUGCAGGAAGAAGUGGUGCAGUUGAGGAGAGAUGCAGACCACUUUGGAUUAGGCGUGCAGGUGAAGACCGCGUUGGAGGACAGAAGCAGUUUGAUCGCCGAGUGCAUGAAGCAGGCAGCCUGUCAGGCAGAAGAACGCCGAAAAUUCGCGAGGCAGCGGGCUAAGGCGCUGGAAUGGUGUGGAUUGAUGCCUGAAAGCUCAGAGAGCACAACCGCGCCGCAUCUUUUGAACAUGUCCGAUGAUCCUGUUCUAGCUGGCUGUUUGCUCUAUGUGCUGCAGCGAGGAGAGAGGACAUCCAUCGGAAGUGACGUGGACAACACAAUUGUGUUUGAUGGCUUGGGAAUACUGCCUAAUUUGUGCAGCAUCAUCAACCAGGACGACAAAUUAGUAAGUAUGUCUCGCCCUGAUUUUGCUCGCCGACAUGUCCUUUUGAACGGCAAGACGAUUAGUGCCUCCGAAAGCGUUGUGCUUUCCCACAAUGAUAGGAUGUGCCUAGGGAGAGCUCAGCUGCUUCUUUUGAAGAUUCCACUGCAAGACGCAGAUGCUCAGCAAGGGCAAAACUCACACACACUCCAAGACGAAUGCAAGCUUCCGGGAGAUCUGUCAGAAUACCUGCCGGAACUGGAACUGCAAGGCUUGGAAGUUACUUUUGAUAAGGUGAGCGCGGUGAUGGAACAUUCCGACUCCCUGAAGUACGUCCACUGUUACGUGCGGGACUUGCUGCCCAAGUUGCCACCUUCGGAUGGUCUCGCCUGCUUUGCAGCCCUGCGCCGGGCAUGUUAUCUCUUGGAUGAAGCGAACAUGAUAACCCGAGAGGUGAGGCCAGAGGAUCACCUGCAUUUUCAGGUCGAGUUAAUUUGGGACAUCGAACGAAGCCCUGAGGAGGUGCUUCUUAUUUGCCUUCUGCGAUAUGCGAGCAAGGGCAAUCCAACACCCAGGACAGGGGCUCCGCAGGACUUCCAGGUCCUCCACUACUGGUCUUACACCCGCUUCCUGGAGAAGCUAGAUUACAUGCGAGAUGUCCAUAGGCUACAUUGCCAAGGGAUGCAUGGUUGGACGGGCCGUUCUGACCCCUUGCAUGAUCCCUGGCUGGAGCCCAGUGUUUCCUCACUGCAGCAGUACCUCCUCACCAACAGCUUGGCAUGCAAUCAGGCAGCUAACAUCUUGGACAACUGCGCAAAGGACCAAGGGCUCGCUACCGCGCGGAAGGCUUGUACCUCAGCCGGGCACGCGGCCGCAGAUGCCGAGCAGCUACGAAGUCGCAUCGACGAACUAGUCCAGGAGCUGGAAGACAAGAAUGCGGAGCUAGAGGAAAGAGACCAGAUUGUCAACCAGCUCAAGGAACAAAUGGCCCAGAUUAUGUCACUGGUCGGUGGGAUGGCGCCCGGAGAAGCUGCAGAAGGGCUCCCGUUUGAGCAGCCUGAACCAGAGGCACCCUGCAGCAGAGAGAAGCGUGACUCCCCAGCAAGUGACGCAGAGCAUUCAUGCACGAUGACGGUAUCCGCGUCUACGUCGGAGGGCGGGUUUGGUGGAGGGGAGGUUCGUGACACAGAGCGUUCUAGAGGCUUUCGUGUGGACAACUUUGGUGUUUCCAAAGGGAAUCUUGGCGGAGGGGCCUUGCUCAGUCAGUCAAGCUUGACACCACCGCAUUACUAUCGGGACCUGCGCAGAUGA